AUGGCGCUGCUCCUCCCGGUGCUGUUUGUGAAACGUGCAUCAGAAAACAAACUUGACAAAAGUAGAAAUAGUUCUGACAAUGUCAACGCAUCGUCAGAGAUAAACAACAAACCUCAUAACGCGGAUGAAUUGAAAUAUUCAUCAGAUAUUCUCCCGCCGCCACAAAAACGGCCAUCAGGAGACGUUGAACAGUGUAAAAUGGAGACGGUGGAAAUGGACAUGCGUUUCCGGCAGUACAUCGACACACAUAAUGGGCCCCUCUUGCUCACGUGCACAGGGCGUGUGACGAUUAACAAGUGCGAGGGGCUGUGUAGAUCUCUCGUCAGACCGGAUGUAACCGCCUAUGACGGGUUCGAACGGUCGUGCAACUGCUGUAAGGACGUUAGCAGAAGAAGGACGCCUGUUACUUUCUCCAUAUGUGAUAUCAACUCGAACGAGGUGUUCGGAUAUGAUAUCACCCGCGACAUCACCGAACCUACCGAGUGCGCAUGCCUGGAAUGCAGUCGAUAUUGAACAAUCAGCGACGAUAAUUCGUUUGCGCGUUCUCUUCGCCCCAGUUUCGUGUGUUUCCUGUAUGCUCGCUCAAUAUCAUGACGCUGAGUUAUAUAAAGCAUUGCAACUUUUUCUUGGCGAUAUGCUAUUAAUUCUAGGAGCUUGCAUUAUUAGAGACAACCAUAUUGGCUUAUUCGCUAGGGGCUGUUUCGAUGAAAAUCUUAGUCGCUUUAAGACGUAAAUUGAAAAAAAGUCAGUGUGUUGCAAUCUGUGCUUUUGAAUACUUUUAAGAAUGGUGAACUUACGACUAAAAGCCUUUAUCGAAACGACCUCU